AGCGAGCGACCGAGAGAGAGACGCGCACGCACACACACAUACACUGGGGAGAGAAGAGUCAGUGCCGCUCCAGCAGCGUCAGCAUCACUGUUUGGAAGAGCUUCACCGGUAGGGUCCGGCUGGGCGGAGGAGGGCCAGGCCGGGGCGGCAGGACCCACCGAACUGGACAGAGUACGCAGCAUUAAUCGGCAACACUUAGUGGGAUGGGCUGUAUUUAAAACAAGAGGCUCUGUUUCACUGCGGUUGUUCAGCGCCUAGCCGCUCGGCUCCCAAGCGGAUUUAGAAUCCUUACAAUAACACUCUGUACUUUCAUCGGUCUGGUGUGCGAGAAAGUAGCCAGUCGGGGGGCUACCCCCACUCCCCCCACCUUGCCCUGUCCCGAAGCUAGCCACUCACUGGAUAUAUACCUGUGCGGGAGUUUGCUUGAUAUACUUGUUCUUUUAUUGAAGACCCGGGAGUAACGGAUUAGCCCUGGACGCGCGUUUGCGACUUGUUUUACACUGGGAUCCAGAUAGAGAAAGGAAACGGGAGCUUAACGACCAAAAGGCGGAAAUAUUACGGGGUUCGUCCUCAUGUCGGCUCUGCGGGAGUGGAGGAAUAUGAACUUCCAUAUGGAAUCUUUGCCCUCAUUCAAAGGAUUUAUCUCAGAAUCCUGCCGUAUACACUAAAUCUGUGUCUGACUAGGCCAGACCCUCUGUACACUUUGGCUGUGCCAGCCUUGCCAAUCAUCGCUGCUUCCAAAGCAUCCUAAAGUGCCAUGAGGAAGUUUGCAUACUGUAAGGUGGUGUUAGCCACCUCUCUUGUCUGGGUUAUGUUGGACAUGUUCAUCUUGCUCUACUUUAGCGAAUGCAAUAAAUGUGAAGAGAAGAAAGAUAGAGGUCUGCCUGGAAAACGGGAUGUUAUCCAAAAACCUCAGGAAGGCCCAGGGGAGAUGGGAAAGCCUGUUGUUAUCCCAAAGGAGAACCAGGAAAACAUGAAAGAGUUGUUUAAAAUCAAUCAGUUCAAUCUUAUGGCCAGUGACAUGAUAGCACUUAAUCGAUCACUGCCUGAUGUUCGCUUGGAAGGGUGUAAGACCAAGGUAUAUCCAGAUGAUUUACCUCGAACAAGUGUAGUAAUCGUAUUCCACAAUGAAGCCUGGAGCACAUUGCUGCGCACAGUGAGAAGUGUCAUCAGUCGUUCACCACGGCAUCUCUUGGAAGAAAUUGUGUUGGUUGAUGAUGCCAGUGAAAGAGAAUUCUUGAAGAGGCUUUUGGAGCAAUAUGUGCGCAAGUUGGAGGUGCCAGUUCGGGUGGUACGCAUGGAGCAGAGGUCUGGGUUAAUUCGAGCACGUCUCAAAGGGGCCUCACUAUCUACAGGACAGGUCAUUACUUUCUUGGACGCUCAUUGUGAAUGUACUGUUGGCUGGCUGGAGCCCCUGCUUGCAAGGAUCAAACUGGAUAGGAGAACUGUGGUAUGUCCUAUCAUUGAUGUCAUCAGUGAUGACACAUUUGAGUAUAUGGCCGGCUCUGACAUGACAUAUGGUGGGUUUAACUGGAAACUGAAUUUCCGCUGGUACCCUGUCCCACAACGAGAGAUGGACAGAAGGAAAGGAGACCGGACAUUACCUGUCAGGACUCCUACGAUGGCUGGAGGUCUCUUCUCAAUUGACAGAGAUUAUUUUGAUGAGAUUGGCACUUAUGAUGCUGGCAUGGACAUCUGGGGAGGAGAAAACUUAGAAAUAUCUUUUAGAAUCUGGCAAUGUGGUGGCACACUAGAAAUUGUGACUUGUUCCCACGUGGGUCAUGUUUUCCGAAAAGCAACUCCUUACACAUUCCCUGGUGGAACAGGGCAGAUCAUCAAUAAGAACAACAGGCGGCUGGCAGAGGUCUGGAUGGAUGAAUUCAAGAAUUUCUUCUACAUCAUUUCUCCUGGUGUAACCAAAGUGGACUAUGGAGAUAUUUCAACAAGAACAGUGCUAAGACAGAAAUUGCAGUGCAAGCCAUUCUCAUGGUACCUUGAGAAUGUGUAUCCUGACUCUCAGAUUCCACGUCAUUAUUAUUCUUUGGGAGAGAUAAGAAAUGUCGAAACAAACCAGUGCUUGGAUAAUAUGGCCAGAAAAGAAAAUGAGAAAGUUGGAAUAUUUAACUGCCAUGGCAUGGGUGGCAAUCAGGUUUUCUCUUAUACUGCCAACAAAGAAAUCCGCACUGAUGACUUGUGCUUAGAUGUUUCCAAACUCAAUGGGCCUGUCAUGAUGCUCAAGUGCCAUCAUCUAAAAGGGAAUCAGCUGUGGGAGUACGACCCUUUGAAGCUGAUGCUGGUACACGUGAACAGCAAUCAGUGCCUCGAUAAAGCAACGGAAGAGGACAGCCAAGUGCCGAGUGUCAGAGACUGCAAUGGGAGUCGUUCCCAGCAGUGGCUCCUGCGUAAUGUCACUUUGCCGGAGAUUUUCUGAGAGUCCUGAGCCAUCUGCUAAAAAGAAAGGAACAAGAAAGUCAGAGUUUAGCUGGCAUGGCCCAGCCCGGCAUAUCUUGAAGCAGUGCACCUCCGACACGUAGAGAAGUGAUCUCAUUCACGAGAUCGAGACUUUGAAGACAACUUGAGUAUCACAUACUUGCUGCCUUUGGGCAGGCGCAAGGCUUUGUUGUCCUGGUGCAUCUGCGCUCGUUCUGUUUACGUGACUUCUUCCGAAUUAUUUGACUGCUUUUUUUUUUUUUUUUUUGCUUUUUUUUAAUUCUUUUAAACAAAACAGUCAAGUGGAUUAAUGUGACAAGCAUUUCAUAUCAGAGGAUCGUUUUCCAGCCAGCUCAGUCAAGAGGAUGUAUAAUCGAUGGAGCCGAUUCUUCAGAGAGCACAGCAUAUCAGAGGCUGUUCGUGAGAACAUCCAUCUCCAUGAGAGGAAAUGCCAGGCCAUCCUUCACAAGGCAUUUUGCAGGAUAUCAGUCAGAUGUUGCGCUUACCUUCCAUUAAGGCGGACAGCCACACAGAGAGUCAUGCACUGGAUGCACUCCUGACAAA